AAUUUGGGCUUUUGAUAUAUGACCGGCCCAAAUGAUACCCUUGAGGCAAACCAUUCAACGCCUUCUUCUUCAUUCGCCAUCUCUCUCUCCUUCGAACUCCGUUUAUCUUGUCGAUUAACUUCUCUCAGUAUAAUGUUGACGGAAACACCAUUCAGGCCAAGAGAGAAGCUUCUGGAGAAGCAGAGGUUGUUCCAGAGCAUCCAGAGGCACACUUACCUCAAAGGACCCAUGGACAAGCUCACCUCCGUUGCCAUUCCUCUUGCCUUGGCUGCCUCUUCUCUCUACAUGAUUGGAACAGGAAUCUACAACAUGUCCAAUGGAAUCGGGAAGAAGGAAUAAGCUCCUCCUUUCUUUCUUUUUUAUCCGUUUUUUUUAACGCUUUGGGAGGUUUCUCUAUGUGUAUCCAGUGGCUGACGUAUGAGGUUGGCACUGGUCUUCUUAUUCUCCUUCUCGAUGCAGUGUAUUGCGUUUUUUUGCCAAAUAAUUGCUUAGUUGCAGACAAUGUCGAAAGCUGAAAGAUGUUUGAUGUUAUAAAGUCCCAAUGGUUUGGAUGUUUUUCAUUUGCUUUU